AUGUACAGAAAAUCACAACAUACUCGUGAGUCUGAUUUGAAAUACUAUCAGCGUAGAUAUUUCAAUGAGUUGAAAGAUGAUUACUAUAAGCUCGAAAUCUACGACUCAAUAAUUAGGUGUCCGUUCUAUUUAAACAAGGAUUAUUACUUUGUGAGUGAUCUUUUGAGACAUGCUUCAAGGAUUGCUGGUGAUUUGCAUGGCGACACUGUCAAAGAAAUUGCUAAGCACUCUGCCCUUGAAAGGUAUCUUGACUUUAAAAUUUCUGAUGAUAAGUCGCAUGUUAGGAAUGUUGAUACCGAUAAGUUGUUUCAUGUGAAUAGUGCUAAAGAUAAGUUACCUAGAGUGAAUGUUGCUGAUGAUAAGUCACUUAAUGUUGUUAAUACUUACAGUGGAUUGUUCGAAUUACUGAGUUUGUUUCACACUGCUUCAUUAGAAAUAAGCAACAUGCGGAACGCUGAACGCAAUUAUGUGGAAAAUGUAACCAAGGAUCAUGAAAAAGCCAUGCUGGAACUGGAGGCCCGGAGGAACGAACUAAUGUCCCGUGAAAAGAAUCUACAGAAGCGUCAAGCAGAUAAUCAUAAUGAGAGAGAUAGGCUAUAUCAUGAGAAGAAAAAUAAUGAGAUAGCCAUAGCAGAGCAACAAAAGGCUGAUAACAAAAUGAUGCGUUUGGCUGAAGAACAUCAAAAAGAGAAAGAGAAACUUCACAAGAAAAUUCAUGACCUAGAGAGAGGACUUCAUGCUAAACAAGCAUUAGAAUUGGAAGUUGAACGACUGAGAGGAGCUUUCCAUGUAAUGAAUCACAUUGGAGAAACUGAUCUGGAAGAGAAAAAAAAACUGGAUGAGAUCAAAAUGGAUUUGCGUGAAAAGGAAGAAGAAUUACUAUUUAUAUUUCCACGUGUACAAUGUAAUUACAAUCCUUUAGAUAACCUCGCAUAUUCACACCACAACUGGGGGUAG